AUGGCCGUUGUCCUCGCGGUCGAAAAGUCGCUCUUGCGCACGUUGGCGUUUGUGCUCUACCAGGUCGACCGGAGCUGUGCCAAGUACUGCGCCUCGUCGGUGGUCCAGUGGUACGUGGCGCUCCAGACGCGACUGCCCGUUGCCGCUUUGGACUCGCUCGACCGCGUCGCCGAGUCGGUCAUUGCGCUCUCGGACGACCAGUUCACGGACUUCUGGACGUCGCUCGUGGCCAACGAACCGCUCGACGAGGCGCCACACGAGAGACAUUGUCUCAGUCGGGGGGAUGACUGCUGUACGUACUCCAAUGACGACCACGAGCAGGACCGGGAGCAGCAUCUUGUCCAGCGGUUCUACCAGCGCCUGUUUGCUGGACUCCAGCGGAUGUUCUUUGCCGCGGACGCGACCGAGAAGGGGCAGACACAAACGCCGUGUACGUCGCCAGUGGAUCUUCUGGAUUCGAGCCAUCGACUCGUGCAGCACAGUGGAGCUGCGCGCUGUCUACAGGGGGAUGCUGACUACGAGGCGGAAGGCCGAAGAGGUGAGACUGGCCGACGAAGAAGCGACGAGGUGUUUGAACCGGGCUGGGCGGUCGAGUACAUGGAGCAGGACUCGUCCAUGCCGUCGGAGAUGUCGCGUCGCAUGGCCAAGAUGAUGCACUCGAACGUAGCCGCGAAUCUCUUUCGCGCCACCGUCACCCUCGGCGGAUGCGAGGACGAAGACCGAGACAUGGAGAACUACUACAUGGAUGAUGCAGUCACCCCGGGGUCGUUUCCACCGACGCCAAUCACGCGCGACUUGCAGACUCGACGUAUGAACCGAUACACUGUCACUGUGCUGGAUCACGCAACACUCACGCUACGCCUGCUUACGGAGGAAAACUACAGCUGCUGA